AUGAGCAAGAACACAGCGGCCACUGGGACAGCUCCGGUCAAUUAUGCUAUGGUACUGUACCCUGGCUUCCAGGCGUUGGAUGCUUUUGGACCGCUCGACGUUCUGAACUCGCUCGCCAGCACAGAGAACAUUAAUCUCUUCAUUCUCGCGCCGACGCUGGAACCCGUUAGCACUACGCCACUCCCUAGACCUGGUUUAACCUGGAACAAAGGAUCCUGCUCUCAGAGCGUGGUGCCGACACACACGUACGAUAAUCUGCCGGAAAGCAUCGACGUCCUCCUUGUCCCAGGCGGCACGGGCAACCGAGAUGAUAGAAUCAGGGAGCCGGUAUCCAAGCUCAUUCACGAUCUCUACCCAAAACUAAAGUACCUGUUCACCAUCUGUACAGGGUCCAAGUUACCAGCUCAUGUAGGCAUUUUGGAUGGUAGGAAUGCAACUUCAAACAAGCUUGCUCUCAAGGAAACGAUAUCCCUAUACCCGAAGGUGAACUGGAUCGGGCGAGCACGAUGGGUUGUUGAUGGGAAUAUUUGGACUUCGUCCGGGGUCACCGCGGGAAUGGAUGGGCUACUGGCGUUGGUGGAGCAUAUCUAUGAUGCCCAGAAGGCGGACAAUAUCGCGUAUUAUUUGGAGUACGCUCGCGAGAAGGACUCUUCCAACGACCCGUUCUAUGAAGAAUAG